AUGGAAGAAGAAGGUCAGAAGGAUAUGGAUAUUUUAUUGGGUAUUAAAGUUAAGGAUAGUGUAAUUUUGGCCACCUCUAAAGCUGCCACAAGAGGUAUAUCAGUAUUGAAAGCAGAUGAUGACAAGACAAGGGAAUUGACUCCACACACUGUAAUGGGGUUCACAGGGGAAGCUGGUGAUACCGUACAAUUCGCAGAAUAUAUCCAAGCUAAUAUGAAACUGUAUUCUACUAGAGAAAACCAUGAUCUAUCUGUUGGUUCGACGGCCAGUUUUGUCAGACUGGAGUUGGCUAAGUCUCUUAGGUCACGCAAACCCUUCCAAGUAAAUGUCCUAAUAGGUGGUGUUGAUAUUUCUAAAACUACAAAUGAUAAAAGUGAGGAAGUUAUAGAACCUCAUUUAUACCAGAUUGACUAUUUAGGAACACAAGUAGAAUUACCAUAUGCAGCACAUGGUUAUGCAGGCUUUUAUACUUUCUCACUUUUGGAUCAUCAUUAUAGACCAGAUAUGACUUUAGAUGAGGGAAUAACUCUAUUAAAAUUGUGUAUCAAUGAAUUGGAAAAGAGAAUGCCGAUCGAUUUCAAGGGUGUGUUCGUUAAAGUAGUGGAUAAAGAUGGUAUAAGACAGUUGGACGAUUUCUAA